GAUACGCAGGGCCAGAGAGCUGGAAGGGACGCUACUGGAGGCUGAAGGGUUUGAACCCCGCUCCCUACCGCUUUGGUUCCUGCAGUAGACCCUCUUGGAACUGUCCCACGGCCUCCUGUGGCAGGCGCCCCGACCCAGAGAGAAGAAGGAGGGAGGAACAAAGACAGAAAGGAUUGAGAUCCCAGAACUGUUCCUCCACCUAUAGAGCUCCCCCUGCUACCACCUAACAUUGCUUCCAUUUGGUUCAAACAUGGGUUCAAACCUCAUCACAUACGAUUGAAUAUAAGGAAAAAUAAUACACACAACUAUGGAAAGUGAGGACAAAAAGAAAACACAAGAAAUGAAGACUGACCUGAAUUUAUUAUUGGAGUGUCUAAAAUAUCAAAUGGACAACCCUUUGUCACAAAAGGAAGCAUUGAUCACUAUUCAUUCAGUUUGUCAACAAAACAAUAAUGCUGGUGUUUAUUUUCGGGAAAUUGGUGGCUUGAUGUUUGUGAAAAAUCUUGCAAAGUCAAGUGCACAUAGCAUGGUUAAAGAAGCUGCCUUAUAUACAUUAGGAGCUGUUGCAGAACAAAAUGUUUACUGUCAGCAGACUUUGUGUACUUCAGAAUUGUUUGAAGACUUAAUUGGAUACUUAUCUGAUAAUAAUUCAAACACAAACUUGAAAAGAAUGUCUAUCUAUGUUAUUUUGGGUCUAGUAUCAAAUAAUAGGACUGGACAAAUGCUUGUGAAAAAGACAGGUUGUAUUACAGUUCUGUCACAGUUAUUCAAGACAGUUCUUCCAGAAUAUGAGUUAAAUUUUUCAGAUAAAGAUGUUUUCCAGAAUUAUCAGCUGUGGUCUUCAGUGUGUAGUACUCUCUGUGUCUGUGUCAACAACCCUCAAAAUGAUGAGAAUCAAGUGUUUUGCAGUUCACUUUUUCCACAUGCUAAUGACUGGCUAGUAAAUUGUAUCAAGCCUGAGAUAGUUCGGCCUAUUUGCUCGUUUAUUGGACUUACUCUUGCAAAUAACACAUAUGUUCAGAAAUACUUUGUGUCUGUGGGCGGACUGGAUGUACUUUCUCAAGUUCUUGUGCAACUAGAAUCUGAUUCACACAAGACCCUUUCCAGUGCUAAGCUUGCAGUGGUGGUGGCAAAAACAGUGGAUGCAUGCAUUGCCAAUAAUCCUACUUUUGGGGUCAUAUUAUCCAAGUACUCCAUUGUUUCCAAACUUCUGACAUUACUGCUUUAUGACAGUCUGGAUUCAGGAGAAAAAUUUAGCAUCAUACUUACUCUUGGUCAUUGCACAGAAGAUUGUGAAGAAAAUCAGUAUGAUCUUUUUAAAAGCAAUGGGCUUCCACUCAUGAUACAAAUCUUAACUGAUUCUCAGAAUGAGGAACUAAGCAAAGCUGCCACUUUUGUGCUUUACAACUGCAAUAAAAUUGCUGAGAAAUUAUCUCAAAAUCUAGGAGAUUAUUCUCUUGAUGAAAAUGAAGCACAACAAUUAGAGGCCAUAAAUUUUAAAGAAAAGAAUCUUGAAGGGUACUGGAAGAAAGCAAAGGAAAUUCUGCACAGAAUAGAACAACUUGAAAGAGAAGAAAAUGAGGAAAGCAUGCAAGAAAAAUAUAAGAAUAAUGUUUCAUCUGUGAAUAUUGAUACUCAAGAAACAUUGAAACACCUCUGUGCAAAUAGUUUUUGUGGAGGCCCUAAAACAGAAGAUAAAGGAAAAGAACAGCCUAAAAACCUUCAGAAUUUUAAGUUCCGUGAACUAAUGUCUAAAACUUGCACAAGUGACCAAAUGAAGAUCCUGUUAAAGAAUGCAAAUCCAGUUAAUGCUUGCUGUCGAGAGAGUGAGAAAAAUAAGGUUUUAUAUAAAACCAAUUCAAACUGCAAUCUAAACUUACAUGAGCAAACAACUCUUGAAAAAAAGAAGUUUGUUUCUUCAUCAAGUGACUAUGUUUUUAAACAACCAGCUCCUGCUGUCAAAAACAAAAAACAGUUACCAGAAACAGAUCCAUUUACAUUAUGUUCAGAUAUAAUAAAUAAAGAAGUCAUCACUUUUAUAGCAACUGACAAUUCCAAACUGUUGAAGUAUAGGUGCUCAGGUUGCAUAGCAGUAGGAAAAUCCCUGAAUAGCCGAAAUUUUAGCAAGCUCUUGCAUUCUUGCUCCUACCAAUGUGAUCGUCACAAAGUCAUUAUGGAAACUGAAGACAGAUAUAAAAGUGAACUAAGGAAAUCACUUAUCUGUAACAAAAAAGUCCUACUGACCCCUCGUAGAAGGAAACGACUCAAUACUGAAUCUGCAGCCUCUGGAGAAAUAAAAAAAAGAAGAGUUCGUAAAAACUAUACUGAAGAAGAAGUAAAUUACCUUUUCAGUGGAGUUAAGAAAAUGGGAAAUCAUUGGAAUUCAAUUUUAUGGUCUUUCCCCUUUCAGCAAGGACGGAAGGCUGUGGACCUAGCUCACAAAUACCACAAGCUGAUCAAAUGCCCUGAGUAUGUGGCUUCUUGAUUAGAAUAUGUGAACACUUUUAGUUGGGACUCUUAUAAUACAGUGCCUUGAAGACACAAAAUUUUAAAUAUUUUUCUAAACUUUCAAAAGAUAGGGAAUGUGAGGUGGAGAUACUGUAUUUUCCCUUUUAAUAUUUUUUUCCAUAUUAGGGGGAUUAAUGGCUUGCAACUGACA